GAACAUCUCGCCGUAUCGAAAACACGGGUGAACUGUCUCAGGCUGGUGAAACCGGUGUCAGCUGGCCGUAAAGGAGCUCGCAUCUGCCAAACAAAGCGUGACAUAUUCGUUCCACGCGUCACGGCGGUUGCUGUCUCUGGUCGUCGACGCGUCUAGCAUCUUCUGGAUUAUGCGGAAGCAUUGAGAAGCAUGGUGGGAAUAGCAAGUGAACAAAGAAAUCAUAUUCUCCGCAUCCGGUCGUUGAAAGACAAAGCGUUCUCGCCUGCAUUGUCUCUACCUGGAAGACAAGCAUUUGCGAAACAUGCUCGUCGAUGUCUCAUAUUCGUGGGAACCCCGAACAAGCCGGGAACUUCUCGUUGUCUUGGUCAAUUGUCAUCAACACAAACAGCUUGCUGCGUGUUCUUUGUCGAAAAAGACAUAUACGCGCCGUCUUCUCCCUUCCUGCUCCUCUUCUCGUUCCUCACGCCGGGGGAUGGUGUUGUCCAUCUCUGCACCAUUCAAUAUAAUCCAUUCACUCACUCAUAUAGCCAAUGUGAAGGCUGCGUUGCUGCAGUGACAGCAUGGGGGGACUGUGCGCGUCGCGUUUCAGGUAUGUUCUGUGACGUUCGACCAGCCACUCCUUUUCGCACCUUCCACAUUCGGUGGUGUAUAAAUUCUUGCUCCUCCUCCCCUACACCUUUAACACCACUCUCCGACAUCGACACCAGCACAUCCCGCAACCCCUUCCAUCAUCGACGUCCAUCUCCAUCACCAUCAGCUUAUACCAACCACAGUCCUCCUGAACGCAGCAAACAUGCAAGGUGAGCCCUGAAGAACUGGCACGCAACCCUUUGAAGAUGCUGACCGCUCGAGCAGCACAAUCAGCCACUCCCGCGCAGGCUCCUGCUCCUGCACCAGCACCUGUCGCAACGA